GCCGACCCAGACAGUACGGCUGUGGCGGCUGAGCUGGCAGACUGCACGAUUACGUUCCAGAUGCGGACCUUCCCGGCCGCGUGGUGGGUCACGCAGUUCUGCCACUUCGUGAAGUCGAAGCUCUUCGAGCUCGCCUUCGCCGACGCCGCCGCGGGCAUCAGCGGCUACCUCGAGCAGAUCGAGCCCGACUGGACAGCAUCGACGGCACCAGCAGCGAAGGCCAAGGCGGCUCCCAAGCCCAAGGCCGCCGCCGUGCUGAAGCCGAAGCUGAAGGCUACGCUGAGGGACGACUUCGAGCUGGUCUUCUGCGGCUCCGUCGGCCUGACCAAAUCGACCUCGUGUCGAUCCUAUCCAGUCUGCGCGCUCAAAGUCUGCGCCCCAGACACGCGUGACGACACUGUGCUCGGCGUGUACGUCAGCGAGGAGUCGGUGAACUCCAUCAGCGACGAGUGCCCGUGCCCCGCGUGGCUCGUGAACACCAACACGCACACUGCUGAUGGGAUUGAGAUCGUGCCCAACCUCAAGAUGAUCGAGACCACGGUCAGGGUGACCUUGCCGUCCCACCUGCACCUCCCGACGGUUUCCGAUGUCGGGCUCAAGGUGGCCUCAGACCUGCCGCCCAAGAAGAGGCCGACGAAGCAGCAGCACACGAACGCGCCCCCGGCGGACGCGACGUCGCUCUUCGGGCCUACCGCGGCGGCGCUCUUCAUCUCGGAGCACCCGCCCGCUGGUCUG